AUGGUAUCAAUGCCUCAAUUCUGGAAAUUAUGGUCAAUGAGAAGACAACAGAAGACAAACCGAAUAAUUACUCAUAACGUGUGGAAGGAUUCGGUCCACGACUCGGGUAUUGUGUCCUUUCCUCACGAGUGGACUUACGACAGACCCUCACAGACAAAACCCGAAGACAUUUUGAUAUAUGGCGUGAAUUCAUCGAAACAAAGCAUUUAUAUUGCAAUCAAAUGGAGACCAAAAGGAGUGAACGAUAAGAUCAAUGCAACCAUUAGUUUGAGAUUUGAUGACAACAACAGUAAUAGCUAUACAUUAGAGGAGGACUCGGAGGUCGAGUACCGGAGCAAUGAAUACAGAGUGUGUGGACUCGGCUUAGAGAUUAUGUCACCCUUUAGAAGAAAACGCAUUAAGUUUAGGGGAUAUCUCACGAAGAAUGACAAGGAUUUAGUUUAUAUGAGGUUUAGAUUCUUGUGGUACUCCAUCUCAAGAGUUGCAGACUUUACCUAUGAUUUCAACGAUCACUUUAUGGCCAAAGAGAUGAUGAGAUCCAAGAAUAGAGACAAUGAAAUUGUGGAUCAAUUAGAAGACCGUUUCGAACAAUUUGGACAAAUGAAAGGCAAUUUCAAAGAAGAUAUGGAAGAAGAGAAACAAUUAUACUUUUGGGGAUCUAUUAGUAAAAAUGGAGGUAAAGGAAGUUCUUUAGCGGUUCUCAAGAGUUUGAGUGAAGAUUUGGUUAAAGAGAAGUACGAAAACACAUUCAAUGUUCCGAAUGGUGUUAUUGUGACCACAAAUGCAUACAAAAGACUUCUUAACGAUAAUAAAGAUUUGGUUAAAAGUAUUGAAGACUUGGAAAAGUCGACUGAAUUGUCGACAAAGGAAUUGAAGACGAAAUGCAAGAAUUUAAUGGAUUUGAUAUCAAGUCGUGAAUUACCUGAAGAUAUAAAACAAGAAAUAAAAGUGAAAUUAAGUGAGAAUUUCAGUGAUUAUGAGAAGAGAUUAUUUGCCGUCAGAUCUUCGAGCGCUUCAGAAGACUCGGAGGAGAUGUCAGCCGCCGGACAAAUGACUACAUAUUUAGGAGUUAUAGGAUUGGAUGAGAUUUACUCAUCAGUGAUGAAGUGCUGGUCUUCACAGUUCUCUCACAUCGCAUACGAGUAUAAGAGAGGUUACGGACAGACCAUUAAUACCCCGAUGGCUGUUGUGAUCCAAGAGAUGAUU